GUUGACGUAAGAGACGUCCUCACUAGUGAUACUACGUAAAUUCCAAAAGGCAGGAAGUUUGAUGUGGCUUUGAUUGCUAUCAAAAUGUCAGCCAUUUUCAACUUCCAGUCACUGCUAACCGUGAUUCUCCUGCUCAUCUGUACCUGUGCCUACAUCAGAGCGCUCGCUCCCAGCCUGUUGGACAAGAAUAAAACUGGACUCCUAGGAAUUUUCUGGAAAUGUGCCAGAAUAGGUGAGCGGAAGAGCCCGUGGGUGGCCUGCUGCUGUGUCAUCAUGGCGUUCAGUAUACUGUUUCUACAAUAGCACAGUGGCCGGUACAAUUACAAAUGGAACAAUGAAGACAUGGACAAGAAAGGAGGCCUGGACUGUAUGUUCCUAGAAAGGACUUCCAUUGGCUGUCACUUAGAUAAUGUGUUAAAAUUACAAAAAGAUAAAGCCUAAUUUUAACAUGCCGUAACCACAGAGACACAGAAUGUGUGCGUGAUAGCACAGGGGUGCGCUGAUAGUCCCGGUCUGUCUAAUCCUCUCUGCAGAGCUCCAGAUUUGGGUCUGUGUUCAGCUGAAAUGUUUGCGACUCUGAUGCAGGUGCAUUUGCGAGGGGUGGGAAUCAGGAGUGGCUUUGCUUCUCUUAACAACUGUUUGUGGGAUAAAUUGAUACAUAGUUCGCCAAAGAAAAUUGGGGGAUUUGUGUUUGUUUAUAAUUGCAACAAGCUUAAAUUUUACACAAAAAAGAAAUCACAUAAAUUCCCAUACUUCCAAAAGCUUUUCAUGGUUUGUCUGGCUUUUUGUAUCUAAAGAAGUUGAACACAUUCAACACCAGUUUGCAAGUUUCUUCUUGUCCCGUAUUUAAAAAAAAAAAAAGUAAUCACUCAGACUGCAGCUAUUUAUUUUAUAAAAAACGUUUUCUUUAAUUUCUUAUUUUUGAUUAGUACUGUCUUUUAUCUUGGUUAUAUUCACUGUAAUGUCACACACUAAGGAGUGUUGUCAAUUCUCUUUAUAGACAAGCGAAAAUGCGUUUUCAAUAAAUUUUCUUUCAAUGUUG